GCUUCCCACUUCCCUUCCCUGCACGACCUUAUAAUAUCACCUUCUCCUUUUUACAUCGUUCCCAUUCGGCCCCUGACAGGCCGGAGUGAGAGAGAACCAUUUAACACGUAGUUCCCGUUCUGUCCCCGUGAAGUCGGCGGUUUACGUAAAUGACCCCGCAAACUUUACCCCUCGUUAUCACUCCACGGCGGCCACCGUUCCCCAAAUGCCCCUCCCCUCCCUCACCCACAACGACACUCCGCUGAGAUCUCGACGCCGGCAACAGAUCUUCCGCCGGGAGCUACUCUCUCACUGUGGAUCUCCACGCUCGGCUUGGAAUCUGGGGUUUGGUUUCGGGGACUUGGGUUAGGGCUAGGGCUGCGGCGAUGGUGGCCGGUGAGAAGGCGAAGCUGCUCUGUAGCUUCGGCGGCGACUUCGUGAACCAACAUGGGAGGUCGUUGUAUGUUGGGGGGAAGACUAGGCUGGUCUCGAUCGAUCGGUCGGCGAGCUUCCGGACGUUUAUUUCGAAGAUGUCAGAACUCUGCGAUGUCGAUCCCCGCUGCCUGGAUGUCAGAUUUCAGCUCCCCGACAGCGGUCUCGACUCCCGACUUAUCUCGGUCGAGAAUGAUAAUGAUGUGAGGAAUAUGAUGGAGGAGUUCGAUUCCAACAGAAAGAUCCCAAUUUUCCUCUUCAUUGAUAAGAGUGAGCAUUCCGAUGACGAGAUUGCUGUUGUCUAUAGGGAGCCUGCAUCAGAAGCUGAUAUCGCAGAAACCCUCAGAGAGACAGCAACUGUGAUCGCGGAAGGGCCGCUCAUCGGCCAGCAUGGUCCGAGUACUUCAGUGGCAUCCUCCGGAAGAGAUUAUGCGAGGCAUCCGCCGGUCGGCUUAAGCAUGUCGGGUGAGAUGUUCAGGAAAGACUCUCAGUCAUUAGUUGUUGGUCAAGAAUAUCAGGAUGUGCAGACAUUUCGCAAUGCACUCACUAGUGCUGCCAUUGCUGCAAAUUUUGAGCUUUAUAUGAUCCGGUCAGACCAGCGUCGUGUCACAGCAAGGUGUGCUGCAGAAGGAUGUACAUGGCGGGUCCAUGCAUCGAAGCUCCCACAGGUCAGCACAUUCAGAAUAAGGACCCUGACACCAGAGCACACUUGUAUAAGAUCAAAUGAUGCUGGUCACAGGCAGGCAACUGCAAAGUGGAUCGCCAAUUGCAUAAGAGAUAAGCUCCGUCAAAAUCGAAAUUACAAACCGAGAGAAAUUAUAAAUGACAUUCAUCGUGAGUAUGGGGUGCUUAUUACAUACAAGAGGGCUUUCCUUGGUAGGCAGAAGGCAUUGGAAGAGUUACAUGAUGAGCCAGGAAGGGAUAUGGUUCUGGCGGAUAAUGAUUACGAGCAUAUCAUGGAUAACACCAAUGAAGAAAUUCAAACAUGGAGCGAUUUAGAUGAUCCUCCUAGAAAGAAACGAGGUUACCAGCCGCAUCAGUCUAAGGAAGUGCGUGCAUUGCAUUGUACUAGAUGUAACCAGAUCGGGCAUAAUAGAAGAACCUGUACAAUUCCUGAGUCAAUUCAAGGUGGAAUAAGGUAGAACAAGUUAUCCACCAUGUUAUGUGUGAUAGAGAUCCUUUGGGGUUCCUGACCUACUAAAUCAUGAGGAAUUGAUUCUUCAUACUUUUGGUGAGCUAUGAAUGGUCGAUACUUGGAAGAAUCCUUUCUGGGCCAGUGCCAUUUCAGAAUAUGCUUACUUUAAUUGGUUUAAUAACUGUAUCAUAAGGUGCAUGUGGGUAAUAUUACAUGAUUGAUAGAAAGAACAACACUCCAUUGAUGUAGAUUACUUGCAAGCUUUCAGUUUAUAAUUGUAGACAUUUGCAAGGCUGAUUGCAACUUCCAAUAAGCUUUCGGUUUCCUUGUAAGUUUGUAUGCAUGUUCAUCCGUUCGAGUGACCGUUCCAGGGUAUCACUGUUGUAGUUAAAAAUCCAAGUUUUCUUC